AUUCUCAGCUGCAAAGGAUAAUGAACACAGAUUUCACCUCCCUUAGUCUGAACCUAUGAUAGAAAUCCAAAUUGAAGAUGCAGUUAAUGCACCCAAUCAGUUUAUGUAUAUACAUGGUAUGACAGCUUUGAAUAGACACCUCAGUUAAACCCAUCUCUCUCUCGCUUUCUCUUGCUCUCUUUUGCUCUCUGCUCUCUGCUCUCUGCUUUCUGCUCUCUGCUCUCUCUCCAACCCCAAAUGGUUGCUAAUGAAGGUCCCAAAUUUGACUAUGAAGUGUUUGCAGGUUUGGAACCACUAGACCCUAAUCUCCCAUGGGACUUCUACCCAAAUGACACUACGGCUGAAGAAGGAUCCAAAGAAGCGGUGGUGGUACCACCCAUGCAGAAGGAGCCACCUUCAGCAGAGCAACAGCUACCACCACCAUCACCUGUCGUUGGCAAAGAGAUAGAUGCAUCUAAAGAAGUGGUGGUGGUAUCACCCACCAAAAAGGAUCCCUUUCCAGCAGAACAACAGCUACCACCACUGUCACUUGUGGUAGAUCAAAAGAUAGAUGGAUUUGAAGAAGCAGUGGUGGUAUCACCCGUAGAAAAGGAACCACCUUCAGCAGAACAACAGGUGCCACCACUGUCACCUGUGGUUAACAAAAAGAAAGAUGCUUCAGGUUCAAGGUCUAGAGGGAGGCCAAAACGCGAACAAAAAUGGCCAGAUUGGUUGCCCCGUGACUGGCACAUACAGAUGAAGAAAAGAGAAUCAGGGCAGAUCGAUAAGAUUCCAUAUGUGUGGAUCAGUCCCAUACAAGAAUGGUUCUCAUAUGAGAAGCGGAUAAUGUUAAAGUUUCUAUCCUUCCAAAUAUAGGCAAUGGUUGAGCAAAAAUCUAGUUUGACAACAGAACUAAUCGUCUCCUUCGAAGUUCUUCCCAUCCAAUAAGCCUCGCACAUGACACUCCUCACAAGAUGCUGCAACCAAGGCAUUCAACUUUUGCAUGGAUAUGGGCACAUGGUGACCUUCCCAUUGAUGACAAGGCGUGCAAGCACAUGGUCACAUUAACUUUUAAGGUGUGUACUCUGUCAUAAUAACUUCAGCAGGGAUGGUGAGACUUCCUAACCACAUUAUUGAGGAGCUAGCGAGAGAUGUAGAGUCUAGAUGGAGAUUUCAAUUUUAUAGUUAGCGAAUAGGAUUCCUUGCUAAUGUCAAUGCCGAAGGUGGAACUUUUUAGGUCAUGUGUUAGUCUGGAGUUAUUAUGUAAUUGUAGUUGAUAAUAUUUUUCCUUUUUUAAUACAAUCUGAUUUUCUAGAGGAAAAUAAAAAAGGAGUGUACUCUGUCAUAAUAAUUGUGAAAGUAGCUGG